AUGGGACGUAUGGAAUCUGACACCGACCCGAAUACGGUCACCAUUCUCACCAAGCGAGGUCCAACUACAAAGUCAUUGAAAACUCCUUCUGUAAGUAGUAUUUCAUUUUGGGUAUAUUUCAAUUUUUGUUUAGGAAUUGAACGCUGCUCAACGUAGAGGUCUUGAACUGGAAACCAAUAAGAAGCACUUUGCCGGGUCUAAUCGUCAGCAUAAAACGGACAAGAACACCUUAAAAUUAGACGAAGAAACCGAAGAGCUAAAACAUGAAAAGGUUGCUCUUGAUUUGUGUAAGGCCUUACAACAAGCAAGACAAGCCAAGGAAUGGACGCAGAAAGAUCUGAGCACUGUAUGUAUGCAGCUUGAAAGGAUAUUUUGCGGCACUGGGUGCAUUUCGUCAUUUUGAUUGUUUUUCGUUAUUGACUCAGAACUUCUUAUCGCUUAUUUCCGUUUCAGCGCAUCAAUGAAAAAGUGGAAGUCGUCAGAGAGUAUGAGAACGGUAAAGCCAUUCCAAACCAACAAGUCUUGACCAAGUUGGAACGGGCAUUGGGAGUUAGACUGAGAGGAAAGGAUAUGGGACAACCGUUGAGUGCCCCUAAAAAGAAAUAG